GGAUUCGUGUAGAGAUUUGAUCAGCAAUUUGCCAGAUGAGAUUCUUGGCAAAAUCCUGUGUUUAGUUCCGACAAAAGUGGCUGCUUCCACAUCUGUUCUGUCCAAGAGGUGGAGGAAUCUGUUGUGUCUUAUAGACAUCCUUUGCUUUGAUGACUCGGUGGUUGUUUACUUGUUUAUCCCACCAAAGUAGAAGAAACAACAGGUGGUUCACAUCGCUUCUUAGAUUUUGUCGAAAAUACUUUUGCUCUGUUAAGCAAAUCUCCCGUCAACAAGAAACUCUCUCUGAGUCGUGUAUAUAAAUAAGGUCGCUAUGGAGAUGACACAAAGUAUUUAUACUCUCGUGUCAACACUUGUUUCACACAUUGGAUUACGACUGCACUGGGACGUGGUUUAUUGGAGCUGCACUUGCAUGCAUGCCGCAUACUUUGCUGGUGUUGAGAUAGAAACAAAGCUGUUAACGAGCAACACACUUGUUAAGCUCACAAUAUCUUGUGAACUCUUCAUUGAAGUUGAGCGUGGCUUGAUCAUCCCAACUCCUGAGCCGCCAGGUUGCUGUAUGGACGUGCAAAGUGCAUCCAUUAAGCGUCUUGUGGUUUAUACUGGUAUAACCAUUCCUACUACCACAGAUAGAUAUGGGUUUUACGGUGUAGUUUGUUUUGAAGCACCAAGUCUUGUCUACCUUGACUAUUCUUGUUAUGUGGCCGAAAAUUAUGAGUUUAUUGAGUUGGAUAUGCUUGUUGAAGCUAGACUGAUAGUCUCAUGUUAUGGGAUUCCAUGA